AUGUACUAUACCCACGUACUAUACCCACGUACUAUACCCCCGUACUAUACCCACGUACUACACCCACGUACUACACCCACGUACUACACCCACGUACUACACCCACGUACUACACCCACGUACUACACCCACGUACUACACCCCCGUACUACAGCCCCGUACUAUACCCCCGUACUAUACCCAUGUACUAUACCCAUGUACUAUACCCACGUACUAUACCCACGUACUACACCCCCGUACUACACCCACGUACUACACCCACGUACUACACCCCCGUACUACACCCCCGUACUACACCCCCGUACUACAGCCCCGUACUACAGCCCCGUACUACACCCCCGUACUACACCCCCGUACUACACCCAUGUACUACACCCACGUACUACACCCACGUACUAUACCCACGUACUAUACCCACGUACUAUACCCCCGUACUAUACCCCCGUACUAUACCCCCGUACUAUACCCAUGUACUAUACCCACGUACUAUACCCACGUACUAUACCCACGUACUAUACCCACGUACUAUACCCACGUACUAUACCCAUGUACUAUACCCCCGUACUACACCCACGUACUACACCCCCGUACUACACCCCCGUACUACAGCCCCGUACUACACCCCCGUACUACACCCCCGUACUACACCCCCGUACUACACCCAUGUACUACACCCACAUUUAUGAUUACAUGGCUUAA